CCAUGAUCCAAACGUUUUGCUUCUACCAAUACACCCAGAACUCGUCCGCCUGAUCAGAAAUCCUCGACGCCUCCGAGCGUCUCUCUUUUAUCAACGUCCAAAGGAGCAGGAGUGUCCCUGAACGGAAGAAAGGGAGGACCCGAUCGAGCGAGGCCCUUUCCCAAGCCUAUUGUCUCCCCAAACCUUGUCCCUGGCCUGCCCCGGCGCUCGCCGCCUCGUGUCCCCCAAGUUCCGCCCUUUCGCUCUCGACUUUCUUGCACCUUCGUUCUUGUCACCGCGCAGAUCAGGCUGAAACAAUAGCAACGCCCUUCCAAAUAUGUCUUCCUACAGCUUCCUAUGCGCGUUUCGAUGCGACUGACGCUCCAACAUGCGGAAUUAGAUGACCGUCCCGCCGGUCGCCAGGAUUCUGUGACUACAGAGCGCGGUGUCGUAACAGGAAGGCCCUCGUCUCCUCGUGUCCAUCUUUACGGGCGAGCCUUUUUGUUGCGUAGUCUAUGUAUACCCG